UUAAUAUAUAAGAUUAGUAGUCAAACGUAAAAUAUUUUCUUUCUUUUGGCAAAAUCUUUAUUCCUUAUACAACUAAUUAAACUUCCAACGAAGGACUUUUGAAAAUACACUUUCCUCAAACUAAAACAUAACCAUGUACAACAAAGCAUACGUAAGAUAUUAUCUUAAUGAAAUUACAAAAACACCCUCAAAGUCAUUUGACUACCAUCAUUCAUCUUCUACAGUUCAAGGCUUGCCCGUAUACCACUUUUCAAACUGUGUAACCGUUACAUUAAUUAACUUGCAACUUUCUUCAUGGAUUCACGUCCUCACGGAUUGUCAGAUUCUUCCUUUAUAUCACUAGGGGGUCCAUCAAUCUUAUCAUCGUUAUCUAUUCACCUCAUUUCUCUGUUUUUUUUUCUCUCUCAACCUCUAAGAUUACUUGAGAUGGAUUUUCGCCUUCAAUUAUUUGGUGAUCGCCGGAGGGGUCCGGUGUCUGAUCUUGAAUUCAAUUUAUCAUGCGUGUUUGUGUUUCUAUUUGGCUGGUUGCUUCGUUUGUUUCGAUCUUAAAUUAAAACGAUUUUUGAUUUUUGGGCUUUAGCAUUUGAAAGUCUCUUCCCUAUAUAUGUGAUUUUAUUUGUGAAUCAGUGGCUGUUUUUACCCACCCAACAUAUGUCUGGAUUGGACCUAACGCUUCCUUCCUUGUUGAACCAAACUCCAUUUCUUCGGAUGAUAUGAUGGGUCAAGUAUUUGCUUCAUUGGUUCCAACGGUGGCAGCUGUUUGUCCAAAGCGUUAAGUGGAAAAUUUGUAUGGUUAUGAAUCUGGUGUUCAGCUGUUUGGGUUCUAUAUAUCUCCUCGUGUUGGUGUAGCGAAUUGAUCUGAAUCUCGUUUGCUGUCUCUCUCACAUGGAUCUUACAAGGGUUGGCCAUACUAUCUGAACCGAGGAGGUUUGUUGAAUAUUUCAUAUAAUGUUAAACCUGAAGGCUGUUCAGUUCGGCUUGUGGUCGAUAAAGUAAUGGCCACUCGCUGGUUGUGGGAGGAACCUCCAAUUGACCUGACCGCUCUCUCAUUGAAUCUGAUUCAGGGGAGUGGUGUGAUUCAACUGAACAUAAGUAAUUCUGAAAGGUGGAACUGGAUAUUGAUGUGAAGGCUGUCGUGUAUGAUACUAAAGAACCACCAUUCUACAAGUGUAACUUCAGCAACAGCGCGUGCACAUUCAAUACAAUGCCUUUUGUUGGAACUUCUAUUGUUUUAACUUCACCAGCACAUCGACAGGUAUGUAUUCUCUAUGAACCACACUAACAAUUUUUUUUUAUAUAUUAUUCUCAGUCUCAGCUGAAUGAAUCCUCAUCUCUCACUGUCUCUGAGUUCAAGGAGUAUUAUCUGGAGGACAAGAAUGGUUCAUCAGAAUCUCCUAUCAAGCUAGAUGCACUUCAUAUGCCAUCGUCACAGGUCUCGUGAUUUGCUUCAUUAUGCUAGCUAUAAAACUAAAUAACUGGUUACAGCAUCAUGGGGGAAGAGAGAUAUGUAAUGGAUGGAAAAAUGCAACAUUUGUAGAGGACUUUCCUAAAAUAACUCUGAGGGUGAUUCUGAAGGCGAUUUUAGGGUUAAGGAUUUCAAGGUGGUGACGGCUGCUCGGCUCGCUUAAUGGCGACGUUGAAGACGAAGGAUUCUCCUCCGAUGGUGACGGAUGGGAUUACAAGUCAGGGAACGAAGUCUGGGAACAAAUCGUACGUCAAGGCGGUUCAGCAAAAACAUGUUUUGGAGAGUAUCAUGAGGUGAAAGUAGAGGUCGUGGAGGGGACAGAGAUGGUAGAGAUACCAGAUGAUCUCCUUGUUAACACAGUUCCUUUGUCGGCGGAUUUUCUAGAGUGGAGAUUUCUAGAUCCUGCUUCUCAUGUGGCAAGGAUUCAUAUUAUUGUUAACAAGAUAUGGCCAUUGGGGAACAAAACAUUAAGAUUGAUGUUUUUGCGGUUAAUGAAAAAAUGUUGAAGUUUCAGAUCACUGAUCAACAAACAAGGAGUCGUAUUUUGAGGCGAGGAGUGUGGAAUAUAACGGGCAUUCCAAUGAUCCUGUCUAAGUGAGCGCCAUUGGAAGAGAAAAAGGAGGAAGAAGUUGAGAUUAAGACUACGUGGGUAACAAUGAAGAAUGUGCCACCUACUAUGUUUUCAUGGAAGGGACUAGGAUUCAUCGCUCAGUUGGGAAGCCUGUAUGACUGCAUCCUGACACAGAGCUCUGUACCAUUUUCGAGGAGGCUAAGGUCUUUGUCAAUGCAAACAUGACAAAACCACUUCCCCAUGCAUACAGAUUCCGCUCUAAGUCUGGAAUAAAUGCGAACAUUGAGUUUACCUACCCAUGGGUUCCUACAAAAUGUUCUCUUUGUGAAAAUUGGGGAUAUAACGAGGGAGAGUGCUCAAAAAAGAAAGAAGAUGUAAUGGAGAGAAGUGUGGAACAAAAAAGGGAAGCAUUACCAAUUCACAAGAGAAUGUGAAACGGGUAUCUUCAAAUGAGUCGGAGAUAGUGAAUGGGAAGAUAAUGGAAGAAGCAGUUAAAGAAGGGGUUGACUCGGCUGAUACCGUGGAAGUAUCUGGAGCAGAGACUUCAGCUAUGUGAUAUUACGUGUAUACGUACACUAAUUAACCUAAUGUGCACACUACCACAAUCGAAUGGUAUGUCGAUGUAGCACUUUAGGACCGAAUCCAGAGAGACCAACGAUUACCCUUUAUUUCUAUAGGAUCAAUAUUAAGCUAAAACAAUAUGGGGGUUUUAAGAUUUGAGGGUUUCAUGACAAACAACUAACAAGAUUAAUUAAAGGUUUUCAGAUGAUUAAGAGAGCUAAGUUCAGGGUGAUUCAUCGGGAUACUUAGGAUCAUGAGCUACACAACUAUUCAGGAAGGCAAUAAGAGCCAAUCUAGAACUUGAACAACAAAAAUAGAUAAACCCACUGUCGUGGUGUCUACCAAUUUAUCAAGCAAUCCUAAUGCCUAAACUAUCGUUUGGAUCAGAGAAUGAUGACAAGCAUUAAGUUCAGAUUCAAUUGGUUCACGAUUUGCCUUAACAUCACCUUUCGUUGGCUAAGGACAUAUCGCCUAUCUAUGUUUUUUCUAGCAACCUAAAACACUUUAAUUUUGAUGAUUAGAUUAAACCUAUGAUCAUAUGCUAAGUGUCCAGUUUAACACAAGCAUUAAGAUUAGCAAUAAACAGAGAUAUCAAGGAAUAACAAUCCUAUUUGUGUCUAACUCAUUGAUCCAUGAUCCCUAACACCCUAAACCUAACAAGCGACUACUCAGCCAUGAACAGAGAAAUCACAGAGACAAUAGAUGAAGAAAACAUGCUGAAUCAAUAAAUAAAUAAGAUAGGGUUCAGGAAUCUUCUCAAGGUGAGAGAGAUGAAGCCUUUUCCCUUUCAAGGUAGCAAAUCUUCAAGUACAAAAGUCUCCAAUGGUUUCAUGUGUAAAAACUAGCGUCCAAUGAUAAUAAAAAAUAAGAAAAGAUAUAUAUGCAGGUCUAUGGCGGCCUGAGAUUAGAAGGGGGAAGCCCUAGGUAAAAUCCCGAAAUAUUUGGAAACUUCCUUAAAAAUCUCUGCCGCUGGAACAGACACUCAGGUUGCUCCGCUCGACUUUUCUGCGUGAAAAUCACCAAAUUGCACUGUUUUCUGCCUCUUUUGUUCCAGCUGGUCCAUCUCCCAUCCAAUGCAAUUCCAGACCUGUAAUGACUCGAAAAGGACUAGGAAGACUCGAUAAAGACUUGAAAACCAAUUGAAAAGAAUAUAUACAAGAUGUCUAAAACACCAUAUAUCAAUUCUCCCAGACUUAGAUCCUUGUUUGUCUUCAAACAAUGUCAAGUAUCAAGAACAGGGAGAAAGGUUUGAAAGUGUGGGAACUCUCCUAUUCUCAGCAACCAUACUUUAACCACGAAUCUCUGAACCAUACAAGUAGUAAAACUAGGACAACACACCCUUACCAAAACCCCACUGACUGCUGUUCAAGAUCGGCUCUAUACUCUACAUCUCAAACCUGCAAAAGCUACACUUUCCAGACAAAGCUCCUUACAUUCAAUUAAGAGUAGCGUGAGCUUCUCACCUCAGGCACAAUUCAGGGUAGACGGUCUAGGUGUGGAAUAGGCUAUUUAAUGGUUGAGUUAAGAGUGUUUAGGGGCUACCAUUUUUUUUUGUAGAGGAUACAGGAUAUCGCGCAAAACUGCAAGAGAGGACGGAUCCAUUGAUGUCCAUAACCUCUACUCGUUUUUGCUAUAUCUGGUGCGACUAUUCUGAUGAUGGAAUAGGCGAUUGAUUGUUCUGCUUUCCUCUGCAUACUCUUCAACACUUGGUACCAACUUCUCGCUCGACCUUCCCAGUGGCUCCAUGUUUCUUUUCUUUCUUCCCUUUCUCCAUCACCUUAUUUUUGUUUUUUUUUUGUUUUUUUUUGAAGACUGAUAUGGUGAUGUGACGAAGAAGGAGGUAAUACAUGAUGGUUCUGAGUGCCAUUGGUGGUUCUGAUUUCGCAACCAUUCUGGUUCUCCACCCCUGCUCUUGCGCAGUUCAUUGGUUAUGGAGGGGUUGCUCCCUUAAUCUGCUUGUUCUCCUUUCUGACUGAAUUUCUGCAGCAGUAACGAGUAAGAGGCUGCGUUGAUCCUUUCCUCUCUGAUCUUUUUGCACAUAUCUGCACAUAUGACACUGAAAAACAAAUGCAUGAAGGUGGAAUAAAGGCUAAGGUGCAGGGUGGGAACUAUCUAAAGAUGAGCUUGCCACUCAGGAUCAGCAAGAUGGAUAAAAAGAAUAAGAAGUCAUGAGUGUAUUCUUGUUUCCCUGAUCUAAUGCCCAUAAUAGGAAGGAUCGCAGUCAAGAUUAGGUUCAAGUUAAAUGAAGCUACGUCUUUCCAGUGUAACCUCGACAAGCCGAAAUCUUCUGGAGAACCAAAUGAGAUAAUGUCAGGGUGUUCCAGGUCUACAUGUGUGUCUUUCGCCACUGCUAAGGUCACUGAAUAAGAUAACUAAAGCACGAGGUGGUCAAUGAUCAACACAGAAUAAGAUCCUAAUUCCCACAAAGUUUUGACUGACUCGAUCAUAAAAACUGACUCAAACUGACUCAAAAGAAAGAAACAAGUUAGUAAACGACGAAAAACCUCCCCCCAGACUUACUUCACACCGUCCCCGGUAUGAAAAUAAAUCAGAAAGAAGGUGAAAACAAGAAUAAACAUUUUUUUUUGUUUGAGAUACUUACCUGAGUGGAGCGGGCGCUCCAUGAAAAUUUUGGGUGUUCUAUCGUCAGAUGGUCGCCUGUAAUAGCCGCUCUUUUUAGAGGGUAGGUUGUUCCAUUGCUGCCACCUAGAAUUUUUGAAGUAUCUCAGAUUUUUUUGAUUUUUGACCUGAGACUCAAUGAACUAAAACAAAAAAUAAGUAAACAAAAACAAAACCAACUUAUAUUUACACUUACCAGUGGGUUGCCUUCCACCAAGCGCUUGGUUUAAGUCACUAGCUUGACUUGGUGACAGGGAUCAGUCGGGUUGAUCAUGAGGGCUUGUUCCAAAACAAGCUCCACAAUCAGACAUGUUCAACUUCAGAACUCUGCUCAGCAACCCCUUCACAGCAGCUUAUCCUUUCUCUUUCAACUCAUGUGUGAGAAUUACUCUGACUUUGAGAAUUACUCUGACUUUAGAGAAAGGUUUAUAGGUACCCUUGCACUUUACCUCAUACUCAAUGGAUUUCUCAUCACACAAGCGAGGUAUCAAAGUCAUCAUAGGGUCACCCUUGACCCUUUUCUUCUGGAAUUUUUCAUUCACCUUUGCAUUCCCACUGAGUUUCUUUGUAUCAGUGUGAGGAUCUCCAUCCAGAACUUCUUUGAUCUAACUCUUAUCUCCAAACUCCUUCUUAGGAACAAUUUCCAGCUGUUCUCCACUAACCACUGAGAUGCAAGAGGCGUAGCAGAUUGGUGAUCUGGUUGGGACAGCCUUGUAGAAAAAUUUCUUGUUGAUGUUGGAGAAGGAGAAUCUCUUAUUUGGCAUGUCGACGACUGCUCCUACUGUAGCCAUAAGUGACAUUCCAAAGAUUUAAGGCAUCUCAUGAUCCUUGCUCAUCUCAACAACCUGAAAUUCGGUAUGGAGAAUACAGCUCCCAACUUGGACAGGAAGGUUGCGAAUGGUUCCAUAAGGGACUGUCAUGGAAGAGUUUGCAAAAGCCAGCUUCACCUGAGAAGGCUCAACAUCAACAAUGCCCAGCUCGUCUACAAUCACUUUUGAGACAAAGUUCACACUAGACCUAGAAUCACAAAGAGCUUCCUUGAAUUCCACUCCAGCAAUGGAACAAGGAAAAACAAACUUUCCGGGGUCAUCAACCUUAGGUAGUACCUUCAGUGAUGGUGUCAGUGCUUCAGUAAAGAGUGCCUUGAUUUCUUUCUGAGAUUCUCUGCAAUUUUUGUAGAACAUAUGCAAUGGCCGAAUCUCCCAAGCAUGUUCAAAUGAGAUAUUUUGAGGAAGCCUUCUCACCAUCUUCCUAAACCCACCCAGCUGCUCUGCACUAAUAGGAUCCAUCAGAUGUUUAGGUGGAAUUAGAUAGGGAACCUUAGGAACAUAGACUCACACUGGUGGAGUCUCAGCAGGUUCACUAGGAGCAGUCGCUUUAGAGCUAGCAUAGUGCUUUGUUCUCUCUUCUGCGUCUGGAACAGUUUCAGCAGACAGUUGCUCUGGUUCAUUUCUCCCAGAUUUCUCACAUCUCAGCUCUGCUGCAUUACAUUGCUCAACCCUAGGAUUCAUAACAUUCUUUCCAGGAAGCAUACCUUGCUGCCUCUUAACACUCUCAGUUGUUUGAGCAAGCUGAACAUCAAUCCUCUUUAUAUGGUUGCUCACAGUAUCAUACUUUCUAUUCAGCUUGGUGAACAUGUUGUCCAUCCUGGUGUUUGUCGGACCCAAUUUUGGUCAAUACCGGGCCGAGAUCAAAGGCAUAUGCCGAGAAAGGCCGAGGCCCACAACUAGGAUUCGAGCUCGAGAAGGAGUCGCAGGAGUCGCAGAGAUCGCGUAACAAGAAACUAAGAUCGCGGAGCUACCACGGGGGUCUCGGAGUCGACUUACUAUAAAGGAAGGAGAAGAAACACGGAAGAGGACACGUUGAAAGCCCUAGAGAAAGCUACACAUUCACAUCGAUCUUGUUGUCUUCCCACUUUUAGAUUCUUCUUUUAUCGAUCUCCUUUGUAUCACUCGAUCUAGUUCAAUUCAUUGUAUUCGAUACCAAUUAUCAAUAAAGUCCAUUUUCACCUACCAAAAACUAUUUAACAUCGUUGUGUUCUAAAGAUAUCGUUGCCUACAUCAUUUGUCUUCCCUAGAUCAAACUCCGAUCACUAUCAAAUACUUUGUGUAGAUUUUAGGUUCUACAUUUUGGCGCCGACUGUGGGGAAGAUAAACGAAAAAACAUCUUUGCUAAGAAACCGAUCUAAGUUUCCUAAGCGCGAUUAUGGAUCCCAACCAAACAUCAAGAUCUACUCCUUCGGGAACCAGCGACAUCGAUCCUAUCGGAUCAAACUCAGGAGCCGGAGUAACCCCGGUUGGAUUAACGGGAGCCAACAAUGCGACCGAAACAGCCCCGACGCAACGAAUCCCUCCGAUCGGGACUUCGAAGCAAGAUCAAUCUCUUCCGAUCAACCAGACGAAAAUCCCAGAACGAACUGGAGCUCGAGUUUGGAACCGUCACGGAGACAGACCACCCUCUGACGAUCCGAUUCGAUCCCAAUCCAGACCGAUUUCCCCGACUCAUGUAGCCCAAACUCGAGGAGAACUGACCGAACUCCGAGGAAUGAUGACAACUCUAAUCGAUGAGAUCCAAAGUCAAAGGGUCACUAAUCAAUCCCUUACUAACAGACUAGAUCAAGCCGAAAGGGAACUCGCAGAGUAUCGAGCUGCAAACGUUCGAGAAAGAAACCGAACACCCCUCGAUCCGUUAAGCCCGAUCCGGACGAUACACGGGAGAAAAUUCACAACGACCCCCACCGCAGGGCAUCGCCCACCGAAGUUUAAGCUACAGUGGAUUGGACGAAAUCGAACCGAACUCCAACGACCACGAAGCACCCCGACCCAAUUCCAUAAUGGAUCAACAGAGAGGCAAGGGGAGCCAAGGAUGCGAAUAUCACCACCAAACCAUUCCAUCCCCGAGAAUCGAACUCCAUCCGCAACGAGGACCUUCCAUCAGGCGGGGCUCGACAACCUAACGGAACAAACUCGGAGACACGAUCACCGCGGUCCUAUCAAUAUCGACCCCCAAAGGGAAGAUUUGGAAAUCCAAAGCGAAACCGGAACCAUCCAGAAUUAUAUUGAAAGGAACGACGCCGACCUCAAAAGAAUACACGCGAUUAUACACAUGGCGACGAGCUCUGCCCCCGACAUCGACAUGGUCAUCGAGGAAACAAGAAGGACCCCGUUUACAAACAGAAUCGCCAGCGUAAGACUGCAUCACGUUGGGAAACUAAAAUUCCCCGAAUACGCCGGAAGCACAUACCCAAAAGCCCAUGUGCGAGCCUUCCGUCUAGCAAUAUCAAGGGUACACCUCACUGACGACGAAAAAGAAGCAGGGUACUGCCGCUUCUUCGCCGAAAACCUGACUGGAGCUGCACUAGAAUGGUUCGCCGGACUAGAAGAAAACUCUAUCUACAACUUCACCCAGUUGGUGUCUACGUUCCUAAAACAAUACUCAAUUUUUAUAGAGACAAAAGUUACCAAGGAAGACCUUUGGAAUCUCAAAUAAGAACCUUUCGAACCUCUAAGAACAUACAUAAACAAGUUCCGAGAGAUCAAAGCCAAAAUUUUGCACCCAAACGAGGUCGUCGCUCUAGCAGCAUUGAAGAAUGGCGUCUGGUUCUCAUCCAAGUUUAGGGAAGAACUCGCGGUUCAGACACCUGUGUCGUUGGACGACGCCCUACACCGAGCCUCGUACUUCGCCACCCACGAAGAGGAGGUCGCAGCGUUAAAAGAACAGUAUAGUGCAAAUAAGAAUAAUGCAAUAAAAAAGCCGGCGACUCCUAAAGAACCAACCACCAAGGGGCAACACUCCUAUUCAGUAAAUAAUUCGCCGCAGAAAUCUUCGACAUACGACCUUAACAAAUACUAUGCCUUCCACAAACGAAAGGGCCAUUCGACCGAGGAAUGCCGAGCCGCACUUCGCAAUCAAAACGAAAGUAAGAAUAAAUCUAUCGAAGAAGCCGGAGAAGAAGAAGAUGAGCCAGUAACUCUGAAAUCCAACCGAAAAGCCAAAGUCCCGACGAACAAAAGAGGCAGGGAGAUUGGGUAGGAAUCACCGAGCUCUCCACCCCCGGCUCCGAAGAAAAGAGUCGACAUGAUUUCAAUGGGGCAGAACAGCAACAAAACCGACGAAAUCAAGAGCCAAACCGAAGGGAAAAUUCGGUUCGAGAUCUCGGUGGCGAUCCGCACAUUAGAGAAACCCGACGAGGACACUCCUCCUCCCCAUGUCACGAAGUACAACCCAAACACAAGACCUCCUAGCCCGAAAUUCCUCAACUUCAAACAAAAGAACAAAAUGACCAAAAUUCGUGAGCUCCUGUAUAAACCGAUUCAGAAAAAAGACAGAAUGCAGACCCUCAAUCACAAUCUGUCUGGGGGGUAACACCGAUUAAGAGGUGGAAUUUCCUGGCCCACAACGAGGGCAAAAAACGGAUCGACUUCAUUUACGGAGGCUCUAAGUUCUGCAACUCAGCCAACUCAAUCAAAGCAUACCAAAGGAGAGCCGAAAACAAUGUAGGAAUCAGAGAACCCCUGGCAGGUCCCGAUCACGAAAUCACCUUCAACGAAAAUGAAACCGCAGACCUCGAUAAACCACACGAUGAUGCUCUCGUGAUACAAAUCGACGUCGGUGGUUGAAAACUAUCCCGAGUAAUGAUCGACACCGGAAGCUCGGCCGACGUCCUCUUUUACGAAGCGUUUAAGAAAAUGGGAUUCACUAAAGCACUCCUAAGACAAGAGCGAACCCCCCUCAUUGGCUUCGCAGGAGAGACCACCUACUCUCUCGAAUCGAUCGAGCUCGCGGUUACCGCUGGAGAAGUCAGAAAAAUCGUAGAAUUCAUCGUGAUAGACCGUCCAGCCCCAUUCAACACAAUCCUUGGUAGACCUUGGCUAUACAACAUGAAGGCAGUUCCCUCGACAUAUCACCAAUGCCUGAAAUUUCCAACGUCGAAGGGAGUCGAAACUUUCAGAGGAAGCCAGAAGAACUCAAGGACAUGCUACCUCGCAAGCUUUAAAGACAUCGAACAACACCCUUAAUCACACAACCAAAGUUGACAACAGACGUACCUACGUACACGAAAAAUCGAACAGCCGACCCUCUCCCUGGGAAAAUAAUCGAACUACGUUAUGACUUGAUCCCUCGACGAGGGUACGUAGGCAACUCACGACACGAGUUCAGUCUCCCCCACCUACAUAACUCAAAAUGGGUGUAUCGCAGCAUCCGAGGAACAACAGCUCGACAAUAUCAAAAACUGCUUUCUUUCAUAAGAUAUGUAACGAAACAGAAUCCAACAUCUUAAUGAAUACAGUACUUAGACGUUCGAACACAUCAGAUUUCUCGUGUCAGAAAAUCGCAUAACUUCACAGUUGACCAAAAACCAGGACCCUGAUCAAGUCCUCGGUCGCGGCCAACUCCGCCAACAAGCGCGACGAAACUAACUAACAAAAUCUUUUGUUACAUCUAAACUGUCGAUAAAAAUAUCUAUAACAAAUCGACACAUGAUCCCAAAAGGUCGGCCUCGCACAAAACAUAAAGUGACGACAAACAAAUCGGGACUCACGAUCCCUUCAUUAUUAAAAUAAAAAAAUAAUAAUAAUAAAGCAACGAAAGCAGAGGGAAGAUAUUAUGAAAGUAUUUUAAAGAUUCUAUGUAUUAUUAGUCUUAAUAAAAUACAUUUAAUAAGAUUUGU